AACGACUUUCACUUGUUUUCAGUCUUCACUCUAUCUGAACUCACACACACGAUCUGAUCUUAUUUCUCAAUUCCUUUCCAACACAUUCGCCUCGCAACAUACCAAGAUCUUGAGCCAGAGACGGCUCUUUUUCAGUGGAAUGUCAACCAACAACAUAACCCUACCAACAAAUGGUGAUGCCAUGGAUCAACCUGAACGAGCACUCGUGAAUCAAGAUGCAGCCGCCGAGACUGUCGCUGCUAUCGCACAAGCACAAGCAAUGAGCGCUGAUGAGAUCGCACUCUAUGAUCGUCAAAUCCGUCUUUGGGGCGUGCAGGCCCAGGAGAGAAUGCGCUCUGCCAACAUCCUCCUCAUCUCCGUCAAGGCACUGGGUACGGAGAUUGCCAAGAACCUCAUUCUCAACGGUAUUGGCUCCUUGACGAUUGUGGACAGCGAGCAGGUCUCCGAGGAUGAUCUGGGCGCUCAGUACUUUGUGCGCGAGGAAGACAUUGGUCGUAACCGAGCAGAAGCUGCUUCAGAGCGCCUCCAGGAGUUGAACCCAAGAGUUGCUGUAAGAACCGACAGCAGCAACAUCUUGACUAAGGAUCAGACCUACUAUGCCCCCUUCCAACUCGUCAUCGCUUGCGACCAAAAUCUGGAAACCAUGGCCACCAUCAACGCCGCAUGUCGACUCGCUAAUCGUCCUUUCUACGCUUCUGGAAUCCACGGCUUCUACGGCUUCAUCUUCGCUGACUUGAUCUUGCACGAUUAUAUCAUCGAGCGCGAGACUUCCAACAUGCCUGCCGUUAUCAAACAGGAAUCCACGACUCGCAGCAUCAUCGGUGUCACGACAAAGAAGCAGAACGGCAAGAACAUCGAGACCGUCACAAAGCGUGAAGUUUACUCUCCUCUGCUACUUGCCAACACUUCACCCUUGCCCGAUGACUUCAUUCGUAACCGUCGUAAGAUGAAGUCCGUUACACCUCUGCUCCCUUGUCUCCGUGCACUCUGGGACUUUGAGCGCGACGCCCACCGUCUGCCCGACCAGAACUCCAAGCACGAUCUGGCUGAGUUCACUCGCAUGGCUACCAUCAAGCUUAAGGAACUUCAAAUGCCGGUCGAGACACUGACAGCCGAGUUCCUCCGCAGCUUCCUGCACAAUAUCGGCAGCGAGAUCGUGCCCACUGCUGCUUUCGUUGGUGGUAGGCUAGCCGAGGAUGUCAUCAACGUGCUCGGAAAGCGUGAGCAGCCCAUCCAGAACUUCGUCAUGUUUGAUGGCGAGAAUUUUGAUGGACCAAUCUACCCUCUGCAGACAUUCCUGCAGCCCAACGGCUUGGGGGUUCCGCAAGUGCAGCCUUCUGACCUGGAGAUGCAGAAGAUGCAGAAUGGCAACGGCAACGGAGUACCGAUCAACAACGCCAUCUCUUCCGCACCUGCCGAUGGCUCUAAUGCUGUACAAGGCGUUGAGCCCGAAUCUAUCAUCCUCGAGUAAAGAUUACUGGUACAUCUUGACGAUUUGCUUUCACGAGACAAGGAACAAGAAGCUUACAGAUUCCUCUGGUGCUCCCGCUCUGAUGGACAGUGUUGAUAGUAAGACCAAUCCAGAAUCCCUGAGUCUUGCACACUUUCACAGGGUAAAGACGGCAGGUUACUAUGGUCUUACGGCGGCUCGACAACAGAGAGAACACUGCAAUCGACGAAUCAGCCAAUGCAAAAGACAAAGCGCAAGGCAUACGGGUAGAUGCUUCCUUUUGCAGCAUGAGGAAUCAGUAUCGCUAAGAACCUUG